UCAGCGGCUCGGAGCUCACAGCGGAGUCUCCCAGCAGCUGAGGGAACAUCCAAUCCCCGACAGAGAGCGCGGACCGGCCGCGAACAUGACUGCAGACGUGGCGGUGUCUCUGGCGGUGCUCGCGGGAAUAGUCGCACUGAGCGAUGCGACCCGCAAGGUGCUGACCAGGGCCCUCGCGGACACCGGGCUCUCUGUGUACGCGGUAGAGCUUGUGUCCACCUUCCAGCUGUGCUGCUGCACGCACGAGCUAAAGCUGCUGUCCGAGGUGGGCGGGAUCGAGCCUCGACUCGCGCUCACCUUGACGUACCUGGCGUCCGUGAUCCACGGGCUCACCUUCAGCGGGGCCAUCGGGAACCCCUCCGGUACGCUCGAGCACGCGUACCGCGCGAGGUUCUCGGGCGGAUGCGCCCUGCGGCGGAUCGCAUGUCAGUUCGCUGCGGCCGCCGCUGCGCGAGUCGCAGUGCCGGUGAUCUGGGGUAUCGGGUUGUCGGGACUGCACGUGCGCCACAAGCUACUGGGCUACCAGUGCGUGAGCCCCAUUCACGCACCGCUGCCAAAUGCUGCCGCCGUGGAGCUUGCAUGCGCUUUUGCGGUUCAGACUGCUAUUACGCACACGAGAUCGGAGGAGAAAUACCGCGUGCACGCCGUAGCUGCGGUCAUCGCAACGGUGGUUUAUGCAGGUGGCAGCAUGACAGGAGCUGUGUUUAACCCGGCCUUGGCCUUCUCCACACAGUUCCCCUGCAGUGGAAACUCCUUCCUGGAGUACUGCCUGGUCUACUGGCUGGGCCCGCUGCUGGGUAUGAUGAGCUCAGUGCUGCUGUUUGACAAACUCGUCCCUUCGCUGUUGAGGAAAUCCCCGUCUCUUUCUCUCCCGCUGGAGACCAAGAAGACGACGUGAGCAUUGCCGGGCGGCCGUGCAAACCCAGAGCACACGUGGAGAUUUUGUUUCUGACAGACUGUUAAGCUGCUGCUGAUUUCAGUCGUCAGCAGAUAGAAAAAGAAGAACAACACUGACAUGCUCUUUUAUAAAGACCUCAACCUGAACUUUUUUCCCCCUCCACAAUGGACUGUGAUAAUCCAGACAAUAAGUCUUUUGGAUGAUUUCACCUGAAGAGCACAUCUUAGAAGCUAAACAGAAAAGUAAAGACACUAAUUUGUUAUGUUUUUGUCUAAGACAGAACUGGGACAGGGCAUGCAAAUUGACUGGCUUUUUCCUUAACGAGGUGGUUGGUCAAACACAAAAAAUAAUGUCUAUGCAUGAGUUUUUUUACAUUUACACUCCGAUUCCGAUUCAAAACCUGUAAACGCUUCAAACGAUUUUUUUUGGAUCACCUCUAUAACUGUUCAGAAAAUGUCACUGGAAUAUUAACAUUUAUAACUAACAAAAGAAAGUUUGCCUUGUACUUGCAUGAGUUUUAGGCAGAUAUGGAAUCAAAUUUGAUUUUCAGGAUCAGACAGGAUCCACACAGCCUGAUAUCUGGUAAUGAAACAAGAUUGUAGUUGCAAUAAUAUACAUUGAGCCAAGUAUUGUUUUUGUGUAAUAGCACAAUUUAUUUAUUAUUAAUCAAUGAAUCAACUGAAAUAUUUAUAAUGAAAAGUUCAGGAUUUGAUGUUCUGUGAUACUAAUGACAAUAAACUUUAUUUGUGUAGCAUUUUCUUAACAAAGUGCUUCACAGACAGAUUAUAUAUAUUAUAAAUGUUAUACUUAAUGUGACAAGAGUCAGGCACAGCGUAGGCAUGUACUGUACAAAGGUCUUUGUCAAUGUUAGCACAGAUUAAACCGGUGCCUUAGAAUUCUCUGUAAAAACUGGAAAGGCAAAUAAAAAUGUGUAAUUGCUGUU